UCCUGGCUGUGUGAUAUGUGUAUUAGCUUAGAAGUUGGGUACAGUAUCUUUGAUCUAACAUUGUCAUGUUGUUGUGUUCACAGAGAUCUGAGUGAGAACAACAUCCAGUCCAUCCCCAGGAAGGCUUUCAGAGGAGCGACAGACAUCAAGAACCUUCAGUUGGAUAAGAACCACAUUGGCUGCAUCGAGGACGGAGCCUUCAGAGCACUGAGGGGCCUGGAAGUACUGACUCUGAACAACAACAACAUCAGCAGCAUCCCAGUCUCCAGCUUCAACCACAUGCCAAAACUACGUACCUUCCGUCUACACUCCAACAAUCUGCACUGUGACUGUCACCUCUCCUGGUUGGCCCAGUGGUUAAGACAAAGGCCUACAAUUGGUCUGUUCACUCAGUGUACAGCUCCAGCCCCGCUUAGAGGACUCAACGUGGCCGAGAUACAGAAACAUGAGUUUACCUGCUCAGGUCACUCAGAGAGCUCCGGCUUGCAGCCCUGCAGCCAAGGAGGAGGUUCGUGCCCUGCUAUGUGUACCUGUAGUAACAAUAUUGUGGACUGCAGAGGAAAAGGCCUCACAGCUAUACCUGCCAACCUUCCUGACACCAUGGCUGAGAUUCGUCUGGAGCAGAAUGGGAUCAAGUCAGUUCCUCCUGGAACCUUCUCUCCCUACAAGAAGCUGCGCAGGAUAGAUCUCAGUAAUAACCAAAUAUCAGAAAUAGCUCCUGAUGCCUUCCAGGGCCUGAGAUCCCUCAACUCACUAGUCCUAUAUGGGAAUAAGAUCACGGAGCUGCCCAAAGGAGUGUUCGACGGACUAUAUGCCCUGCAACUACUGUUGUUGAAUGCCAAUAAGAUCCACUGUGUUCGGGCCAAUGCAUUCACAGACCUGCAGAACUCUCUACUGUCUCUGUAUGACAACAAGAUACAGACUGUGGCCAAGGGCACCUUCGCAUCCCUCAGAGCUAUACAGACGCUUCACCUGGCCCAGAACCCGUUUAUCUGUGACUGUAACCUGAAGUGGCUGGCAGACUACCUUCGCUCCAACCCAAUAGAGACCAGCGGUGCACGCUGUGCCAGCCCCAGACGACUGGCCAACAAACGCAUCGGGCAGAUCAAGAGCAAGAAGUUCCGCUGCUCUGCCAAGGAACAAUACUUCAUCCCUGGCACCGAGGACGUCCGUUUGAAUAAUGAGUGUAACAGUGAUCCAGUCUGUCCUCCUAAAUGCCGCUGUGAGUCCAACGUGGUGGACUGCUCCAACCUACGCCUCAAUAAGAUACCAGAACACAUCCCUUCCUCUACCACUGAACUUCGUCUGAACAACAAUGAUAUCAGCACACUGGAGGCUGUAGGGGUCUUCAAGACCCUCUCUCAGCUCAAAAAGAUUAACCUUAGCAACAAUAAGAUCACAGAGAUCGAAGAUGGGGUGUUCGAGGGGGCGGGGUCAGUCAAUGAGCUCCACCUCACAGCCAAUCAGCUGGACUCUGUCCGCAGUGGAAUGUUCAAGGGACUGGAGGGACUACGCAUGCUAAUGUUGAGGAACAACAAGAUCAGCUGUAUCCAUAACAACAGCUUCACUGGCUUGUACAACGUUCGCCUGCUGUCUCUCUAUGACAACCAGCUAACUACCAUCACCCCUGGAGCCUUCGACACCCUGCAAACACUGUCUACACUUAACCUCCUUGCUAACUCCUUCAACUGUGACUGUCGUCUGGCCUGGCUUGGUGAUUGGCUGAGAAGCAGGAAGAUCGUCACGGGCAACCCUCGAUGCCAGCGCCCCGCCUUCCUAAAGGAGAUCCCACUACAGGACGUGGCAGUGCCUGACUUCCGCUGUGAAGAGGGUGUGGAGGAGACGAGCUGUGUGCCCAGGCCUCAGUGUCCCAGUGAGUGUACUUGUUUGGAGACCGUGGUACGCUGCAGUAACAAACACCUCCGUACAUUGCCCAAAGGCAUCCCCAGAAACGUCACCGAGCUGUAUCUAGACGGGAACCAGUUCAGUGUGGUGCCAAAGGAACUGUCUACCUUCAAAUACCUCCAGUUAGUAGACCUGAGUAACAACAAGAUCAACUCUCUAACCAACUCUUCAUUCUCCAACAUGAGUCAGCUCACCACACUGAUCCUGAGUUACAACUCUCUGCGCUGCAUCCCCAGUCUGGCCUUUGGUGGACUACGUUCCCUUCGACUACUGUCUCUCCAUGGCAACGAGAUCUCUGAGCUUCCUGACGGCAUCUUCAGUGACGUGGCCUCUCUGUCUCACCUGGCAAUUGGUGCUAACCCUCUGUACUGUGACUGCCGUCUACGCUGGCUGUCUGAUUGGGUGAAGACGGGAUACAAGGAGCCUGGCAUCGCCCGCUGUGCCGGACCGACGGGCAUGGAGGGCAAGCUGCUGCUCACCACCCCUGCCAAGAAGUUUGAGUGCCAUGGUGAGGUGGACAGUGGCGUCCUGGCCAAGUGUAGCCCGUGUCUGUCCAGUCCGUGUGUCAACCAGGGGAUCUGUCACAGUGAUCUGGUGGAGAUUUACAGGUGCAGCUGUCCUCCUGGAUUCAAGGGUAGGAACUGUGAGACUGCUCUGAACGUCUGUGUCAGUAACCCCUGUGCCAAUGGGGGCACCUGCCAACUAAACGAGGAGGAGGAGGCAUACAGCUGUGCCUGUCCCCUUGGAUUUGAAGGUCCUACCUGCCAGACCAACAUGGAUGACUGUGAAGAUAACGACUGUGAAAACGGAGCUAACUGUAUAGAUGGUGUCAACAACUAUACCUGCCUCUGUCCUCCUUACUACACCGGGGAGAUGUGUGAGGAGAUGGAGGAUGUGUGUGCUCCAGGUGUCAGUCCGUGUCAACACCAGUCUACCUGUCUCAUCAGCUCUACUGGACCUCAGUGUGUGUGUUCUCCGGGCUACGUUGGUGAUGACUGCAGUGUGGACUAUGAUGACUGUGAGGAGAAUCGCUGUCAGAACGGAGCUCAGUGUGUCGACCAACUCAACGCAUACUCCUGCUCCUGCCCCGAUGGCUACAGUGGUCAGUUGUGUGAGGUGCCCUCCUCACCGCGAUCUCUAUGUGACCUGGCAGACUGCCAGAACGAUGCCCCGUGUGUGGAGCGGGCAGGCCGGGCACUGUGCCAGUGUCUCCCUGGGUUCGGAGGUCCUCGCUGUGAGAAGCUGGUCAGUGUGAACUUCGUAGACAGAGACUCCUACCUGCUGCUCUCUGACCUCAAGAACUGGCCCCAGGCUAACAUCACACUGCAGGUGUCGACAGCAGAGGACAACGGUAUCCUGCUGUAUAAUGGGGACAACGACCACAUCGCCGUAGAGCUGUUCCAGGGUCACGUUAAGGUCAGCUACGACCCUGGCAGCCUGCCUGGACAUGCUAUCUACAGUACUGAGACGAUCAACGACGGUCAGUUCCACACGGUGGAGCUGGUGACCAUUGACCAGAUGGUGAACCUGUCCAUCGACGGGGGUCUCCCCACCACCAUGGACAGCCUGAGGGGGGUCCGGCCCCUCAACGGGGAGGCUCCGCUAUACGUGGGGGGUAUGCCCGUGGACGUCCACUCGGCAGCCUUCCGGCUCUGGCAGAUCCAGAAUGGCUCCAGUUUCCACGGCUGCAUCCAGAAUCUGUAUAUUAACAAUGAGCUGCAGGACUUCACUAAGACCCAGAUGAAGCCGGGCGUGGUGCCAGGCUGUGAACCUUGUAGGAAGAUCUACUGCCUACAUGGUAUCUGCCAGCCGGACGGGGCACAGGGACCAGUCUGCCACUGCCAGCCGGGCUGGAACGGACCACACUGUGACCAGCCGGCCACCAACCCAUGCCAGGGCAGCAAGUGUGUGCAUGGCAAGUGUAUUCCCCUGGACCUGCAGUCGUACCGCUGUGAGUGUGUGGAGGGUUACCGUGGUGCCCUGUGUAACCAGCAGGGGGAGCUGUUUAACCCCUGCCGCAGCCACAACUGUAAACACGGGCGCUGCCAGAUCUCUGAUACAGGAGAGGCCUACUGCCACUGUGAGGCCGGAUACACCGGAGAGCUCUGUGAUGCAGAGUCAGAGUGUCGGGGGGAGCCCGUGAGGGACUUCUACCAGGUGCAGCGUGGGUACACCAUCUGUCAGACCACACGCAUGGUCUCCUGGGUAGAGUGCUCCGGCGCCUGCGACACAGGUGCCUGCUGUGCCAGCCAGCGAAUGAAACGCCGGAAAUACACCUUUGAGUGCAGCGAUGGAACCUCGUUCAGCGAGGAAGUGGAGAAGACCAUCAAGUGUGGCUGCGUGGGCUGCAUGUAGCACGCUUCACACAAACCUGCUACCGCCACCGCCAAGUGCACCAGAGCGAGAAAGCGAGAGAGAGAGAGAGAGAGAGAGAGAGAGAGAGAGAGAGAGAGAGAGAGAGAGAGAGAGAGAGAGAGAGAGAGAGGAGGAAGAAGUAAGAAAACCAGAGAGUAUAAAGAAAUAUAUAUAAAAACCUCUAUCUAUAUAUUAUGGACAACAAUGUUUGUAAAAUAGGACAUUUCCUCCCCUUCCAUGGCUGUGUGACGUACAGAAACACAGAGAAAACAAGCAUCAACAACAACAACAUGGAGAAGUGUGAACAACAACAACCAAACCAUUGUAUCUGCAACAUUGUUUUGAAGAGUUCUAGAGAUGCAAAGGUGUUGCAUUCAGAGCCAGACAUCAACCAACCCCUCAUACACACCUAGUCUAAACCUCUGGCCCCUUGGCUCAUCCAUCCAUUAGGCCUCAGAUAGCCUAAGCACCCUCUGCUUUCUUUGCUUCCCGAAGGCUGUAUGUGUAAUAUGACGUCCGGUCUGGUCGGGGUGGCAGGACGGAAGAGGUACAGAGAUGUAAAAAUAAAAAAUAAAAAAGAAACGACAGAGGGAGGAUAGUAGAGUUGGGUUGUAGUUAAGUUUGGUUAGGCAGGGCAGGACUGGGCUGAGCAGGAGUUGGGCUGGAACUGGACUGUAGCUGGUGUGGGCUGGUAUAAGCUUGCCUGGACUGUAACUGAGUUGAGCCGGGUUAGGUCGGGUUUAGAUGGGCCAGAUUGUAGUUGAGCUGUGCUGAGCAGAGCUGGGGUUAGGUCGGGCUAUAUCUGGGCCGAUUUCUUAUUGGACUCUAUCCUGGAGUUUUUAGAACAAGAGAUGUCCAUUCUUUUCAUUACUGAUAAGACCACUGCACUGAAUACCAGCACUGAGAAUCACAGUCAUUUGCCCUUCACAGCACAUACACACAACAUGCACGCAUGCACCACACUAGAGAACAUUCUUGUCUGAGCAGAAGGGUCGUUCCAUUAGAAGCAGUCAGAAGGGGCUGUCUGAUACACAUUGUGAGGCAGGUAGACCUUCCAUUCCCCUACAGUAGGCUAUAAGCUAUACCCCCACCUGGAGCAGGCAGUACCCGGUGGAGACCAAUCCCCCAGCAUGCAUUGCCUCAGGAUGAUUUGCAUAAGCCCUCCCCUUUUGAGCGGGAGGAUGAUUAGGCCCCUCCCCUCAAUGCCUGCAGUAUUAAAUGUGUGCAAACUUGCAUGUGAGAAGUUUGCAAAUUGAUAUGUAGAGCUUUUUAUUAUGUUUAUUAUUACGGAACAAAAAGGUUCAGAAUAUUUGUUUUGUUACGUCUAAUUUCAAUUAUUUGUUUUGCAUUGUUUUGUUUUUAUUUGUUAUUAUAUUUUGUUUUCUGAUGUAACCUAACACCUUUAGCCCUCUCUUUAUACAGAAAUGCCUAACAGAUUCUAAUAUAUAUAUUUGUAUUUCAUUUUGGUAUAGUAUUUUUAUAUGUUAAAGAGUAAAUCUUUGUUUUCUGGAAGCUUCUAUUGGAACAGGCAGGAUGGCAUUUGAUUGGUUCCCGAGCUGUUUUUAUUUGGUUAUUUCACUUGCUCAAACAAGGUAGUUUGUAAUUGUCCAAAACAAGGUAGUGAAUGGUUGGCCUUGUUGUGUAGGCAGCAGUAUUGAUGUAGAAACAUGUUUAAUAUUGUAUAUGUUGUCUUCCAUGUGAAUAUGACAUCUAAUUCAUUUGAAAGUCUGUGUGCUGUUUGUUUUAUUUUUUAUUUAUUUUAUCUUAAAGCUUUUUCCUGUAGAGUAUAAAAGGCAUAAUAAUUGUUGCUGAUUUUCAAAAAAUAAAAAUAAAUAAAAAAGUUAAAAUAAAAACUAGUGUAACAAAAAAAAGCUGUAAGGUAUUUGUGACAUCACUUAAUAGCCAGUUAUGACAGUAUUUUAUCCCCUCUGGCUCAGACACAUUCCUCAUUGGCUGUUGGGCCCGAGUUGGUGGAGUUAAAAUGCAAAUGAGUGAGAUGCCCCUCCCACUCUGAAAUACAUUUUUCCUGUAUUUACUAUACCAUACUCUGAAAUAUUGUGAAAGGGUUCUGAUUGUCUUGUGUUGAUUUUGUUUAAGUAUUAGGCUGAAUUCCUGUCAUUUUAAAUUGGGGACAUUUUCCGUGGUAGAAGUAAUCAUAAGAUUUAAGUGAAAGUCACAGUCGACUGAAAUCAAGCUGCCGUAGGAAGCUUACUUAUUGUGGAUGUUCACAAAGAUGGUGUCUACAUUUUGCCUGCAUUAAAUUGGUGCUGCCAUCUUAUCAUUGUACUGUGGUGGGAGGUGAAAAGAUGGUGAGGCCAUGGGCUGAAUGACAGCAAACUGUAGACCUGCCAUCUUUCUGUAUGUUUGCCAUUGGAUCCACUUACCGCAAUCCUAUUUUAACAUGCACAGAUAAUGCCUAGAUUCAAUCUGUAUCGCUGAACUUCAGCGUUAUAAGGUGAUUGAAAUUUAAAGGCAAUGUUCCCGCGUUAGCAGAGACUGCAUUCGCAGUAAAUUAAUUUAGCCCUAGAUGUCCCCAUUCUGACUGGCUAUAGAACACAAAUCAGAGAUGAAAAGGUGCCAAUCGCAGAGUAGAACAGUCCAACCUGAAUGUAUAAAUGUGUAUAAACAUGAAUUGAUCUCACUCCUGAAGCGGUAUGGUUCAGCUGUUAUCCUCUUUGUUUUCUAAGUGGGAGACCUACAGGACGGGUUUCCUGCGGAGUAGGAUGAAGUUGCCCCUAGACACAGUUCUGUGGUCAGUUUGGUGGUUUUCCCCACUAAUGAUUAAGGUAAAGCUUUGGGGACGGAAAGCUGAUCCUAGAUCUAUGCUUAAGAACAACUUGUACCCAGAGCGUCCUGUUGCAGUGGACUCCUUGUUUGCCCCGAUGUUAACCUUGUCUUAUAUAUAUCCCUGAGGUUAUCCUAUGGUGUCCACAUUGUAUGAUAUUGAUGAACUGUCAUCUCAUCCUUUAGCUUAACGUUUAGCUCUAUGCCUCGCAGAUUUCAACAUGAGUUUAUCACAGCUCUCACAAAAAGGACUUUCAUACUUGCAAACAUGGAUACUGAUCAUUGCAAUUCAGCCGGAUUCCAUUAAUUCUAGGGUGAAACCUGUAAAGACUCAUCCUCGAGAGAACUGUACUCCGUAUCAUGUCAUUGUGAAAGACGCAGUGUCUCUGUUGUAUUGAACUGGUAAAAAAAAAAGAACAAAAAGAACAAAAACUAUAAUAAUUCUCUGGUCUGUUUCCUACAGAUGUGCUACUUCUGUUGCUUUGGUUGUGUUCCGUCGCAGGUGUGAUGGUGGGAUUGAACUGAAGUCCCAGUGAUGCUGAAUGUAUGUAGUAUCUAUCGAUCUAUCUUUAUCUAUCGCCACCGACAAAAUGUUUACUGAACCUCCUCCACUUUUCAUUCAUUAAACUUUAAUGUGUGUGCUUUUAA